GGCGCGCGAGAUGAGAUCAACAUUCAGUGUCCGCCUGGCUUACCUCUCCCACGGUCGUGUGUGGUUGGCGCUCCCGCCGCCUCUUAGUGACUUAAGUGUUCCCCGCCGCGUAACUGGAUCUCCCUCUUACCCUCGGAGGUUAAUACCUGUGCUCAUUAAACCAGCGGAAAUGAACGAACGAGGACGUACGGUGUGACAAGUGGUUCAAGGUGUCGUCGUGGAGCUGUGUCUUGGGGAUUUGGACCAGUCUCAGGAAUCAGCAGGUCAUCAUGUUGGACGACCUGAAGCGAGCGCUCCGGAUGGAGUCUCCUGCUCCGAGGCUCAAUGAGUCCAACCUCAAAAAGCUGUCGAGAGGACUCAGGUCGUCCAAGAAGAGCUUGCACUCUGUGCACUCAGCCCUGGAGACUUGCAGCGUCCCUGAUGGCCAGCUGGGAGGGCGCUCCGUGUCCCUGUCGACGCUGCUGCCGUCAGGAGGUCCUGGGGGUGGCAUGCGUCCCAGAGUCAACAAGCUGCAGACACUCGAGGCUAAGAUGGCGAGCAUCGAGGUGUCCUUGGGUUGGAAGCGACGUCGCGAGGCCCUACUCGAAACCCUGCCCAGGGCAGCCCGGGACCUGGUGCGCGAGCUGGACGCCCUUCAUCAAGCUCUCAGAGACAAGGACACUGUCAUCCAGUCGCUGAAGACCCAGAUUACCAAUUUGGGUGGGACAGUAGGCGGAAGUGGCGAAGGAGGCGGUGUGAUCUCUGAGACGGAGCGGCGGAGUAUCCAGGAGCGCCUCAACAAAGUCCAGGGGGAAAUGGACGCCAAGAAAGUUGCCAUCAAAAACCUAAAACUAACCUUAGAGAAGAUUGACAUCACUGACAAUAUCGAUGUUAGGAUCCGAGCAGCAGAGCUAGAAUAUGAACUGGAGAGGGAAGAGCUUAACAUCCUAAACUUGAAGGAGGAAUCCACAGUCUUAAAUGCACGCCUUCAGGAGACGCCUUCAUCUUCUGCUUGUAAUGGUUCUUCAGGGCCCCAGCCUUUAUUACAUGCCCUUUUCACCUCUAUUGGAGGAGGCGCAGCUCUCAGGGAAGUGACACUGAUGAGUAUCGGUGUACCUCACACACCAGGGAACCCUCCCUUCCAUGUGACACCUCGACCGCCCCUUGGGUGUGUCAUAGACUGGGCCACCGAUGACACCAGACUAAAAAAGGGUGACAGGCUGCUGGAGAUAAAUGGGGAGACUGUAGUAGGCUGUGGUUUGGACCAGGUCACCAGGCUCAUGGGGUCAUCGACUCAUCUCAACCUCGUUAUUGCCAGACCCAGCACCGUAGGUACUGCUGGUCGCAGAUCAGAAGGCCGAAUAGAAAAGCAGAUGGAGGAGAAAGCCAGAGAAAUUAAAGACCUAGUUGCAAGACUUGACAAAGCUCUCAAGGACAAGGAAACUCUAAAGAGUGAUAACACACGCCUCAACCAUCGCAUUGGCUAUCUGGAGGAACAGGUAUCGGAGCUGAAAAUGACCCUCAGUCGCACUCGAGAGGCUGCCCUUAACCACACUAAUGGGGAGACCAUUGUCACCACUUCACAGCCAGGAGCAACAGUUAUUCAGUGCUCUCUGGUGGUUCAGGUGUUCCAAAAGGGUGACCAGAGGUUGGCUGUAGCAAGCCCUGAGGUUGGCAGUGGGGAGGUGGAGAGGGCUCAGCAGUAUCCCACUCUACCAAGGCUGAGGUCACCAGACUCUUCGAUCUCUUCCCCAAGUUCCUCUCAGUCUGAUUCCCCUGACAGACAUGCCACAAGCCAUGUUAAUUCAACCAGGCCCACCUCAGCAGCCGACUACCGUAGACGAGUUCUCUCUCCACGACCGGACUCGAAAAAUGAGGAUUCACGGCCAGCCUCUCGUACAAAGCCAGUACCACCAAAGAAACCAGAGCGUCUCAGCCUGCAGAGAACCACGAGUCUCCAGAGUGUAGAGGAAGGAUCAGCGACCUCCCGGUCUUCAACUACAACCCCUUCUAGCUCCCGCUACAGUGCUCUUCAGACAUGGCCAUCACUUGACACAGACAUUCACUGCCGGGACAAUGACCUUCAAUCUCAAACAAUAUACGAACGAGGUCAAGGAAGAUCAGAUCACCAUAGCCAUGAAAACAUCUAUGACAGAUAUAAUGAUAGAUCAUGUUAUAACUCGCAAGGACAUGAGCAUUAUUCGUCUAGAUCCCAGGGGGAUGGAAGUGUCAGGAUGAUCAUCAGUGGAAGUCCAGUAUCCACGGAAGGUCUCAGUAGGCGUCCCAGCCCUCAGGGUGCAGCAUCGGCACCAACAAAUGAAAGAUUAUCUCAUCAGGGCAUUUACGGAUCUCAUUCGCCUGAUGCUGCACUCCAUUUAGAUUGUAAUAAAAAUGGUGACACCGAGGUUGAUGUGUUUCGGGCAGAAAUAAACAGCCAUAUGGGUAUAACUACCCGUUUCACCUCACACAACCAUCAUCAUAACCACAAUCACAACCACAGCCACCACCAGCACUCCUCUCACCAUAACCACUACUCUCUGCACACCCCACACACGCCUGUCACAGCAUCACGAACCUCUGCACUUAGUGUUGCGACAAGUCCCCGGCCGCAUGAGCAGUGGUGUUAAAGGUAUUCUAUUUGUUAUUUCCUGGACAUGCUGUAGAACCUCCAUCAGUGUGCUUAAUUUCACAGUUUGCCAGGAAUGAGGGUCUUCGUGAUCUGAGCUCCUUUUGAGUUUUCUGAAAAAUUCAAAGAAAAUUUGAGAAAAGUGCCGGGAUCAAUCCAGAUGAAUCUCUACACUGUUGACACCUUCAUGUGCUCAAAAGAUCUGUACAAGUGUGUGAACUGACUUCGUUACUCCAUAAAGGAAUGAACUAGUGAUACAGAAGUAUAGACAGUACUGUACUGGAUUGAGUUUGAAAACUGCAGGUCUGUGUCCAAGAUUUAAGGUGAAUCAAGGCACUCUAGUGAUCUCAUUCAAACUAAAUAAUUAUGUUUAGUGCAGAUGUGAGAUAACAUGUCCUUGAAUUAAAAGAUACCAGGACAUAAGAAAACAUUCCUUAAUAUGGGUUUAAAUAUUUUUUGCAGUAUUCUUAUAGUUACGCAAAAUUUUGAAAGUAAUGUUCCUUCUCUCUUGAUAAUUGAACUGCUGGAUUCACCUUUCAUGUAAUAUGAAUUACAGUAUUGCAAGUCCUUGGCUGUAUAUACCUCAUACUGAAAACUGGAGAGAAAAGUUCUAACAGUUUUCACUAAUUUAUAUCAACUUCUCAUGAGAAGUUGUUAAAUUUAUUGUAAAUAUAUAUUUUUGUGUGAUUGCAAUUUAAUAAAGAUUAAAUAACUUCUA